GCUUCGAAAUUUACCGCCUUCAUGAACCAUCCGGCAGGUCCCAAGACCGUGUUCUUUUGGGCCCCCCUGAUGAAGUGGUGUCUCGUCGCUGCUGGCGUAAAGGACCUCACCCGUCCUGCUGAAAAAUUGAGUGUUUCCCAAAAUCUUGCACUCACCGCAACGGGAUUUAUCUGGGUCCGUUACUCACUUGUGAUCACGCCAAUCAAUUAUAGUUUGGCUGCGGUCAAUUUCUUCGUUGGCUUGUCAGGACUAACACAAUUGGGCCGCAUCGCUCAAUACCGUAUGAAUAACCCAGAGACACCGAAAUCGGCCUAGAGUAUUUACCUCCUCAAUUUCGAUACUCAUACCUAUUCCCUUCUAGAGUGAUUAUGUGUCGUCGAGGGGUUUUCAGAAUCAAUAUACAAUUACAACCAUGAUGCACCUC